AUGGACAAGGAAUAUCUUCAAGACGACUUUGAUCCGUCAAAGAUCAAGGUAGCUCAAUUGCGAAGCAUCCUUCGCGAGAAUGACAUAGAGUUCCCAGCUACCGCAAAGAAGAAGGAGCUUGUUGGAAUCUUCAACAGCACACUUGCUUUGCAGAAUGGAAAGUCGCCAAAGUCUCCAAAUGUUCUGUCUCCGAUCCCAGAUUCUGAAAUUGAGGUCAUUGAAGUCGAUACAGAUCAACAGAACUCCCCAGAAGAGAAGCCUAAAAAGAAGAAGUCUGAGAAGAAGAAGUCUGAGAAAGUCCGUAAGCCAUCCAAGAAGAAGGAGCCAAAAUCCCCUGAAUCUGAUAAGCUGAAGGUCGAGAGUUCUGAUGCAGAGAAGACGGAUGAAAAGGCUGUGGAAGAAUCAAAGGACUCCAUUGUUGAUAGUCUGGCACACGACUCUACCAUCCAAGAGACACCUAAAUCUUCAGCUACGAAAAGCCCAUUUGUCACCUCAUCAUCAUCCAAGAAACUGAAAAAGAGAAAAUCGUCUGUUUUUGAUGACCACUCUGAGCUGAAUACCCCGCCAAAGGGAAAUAUCUUCGAAGUUGAUGUUGACUCAGAUUCAGACACUGUUAUCUUCAGCCCCAAGCCCAAGAAAGCAAAGACAUUAUCGCUGCCUGCUCCAGAGAAGAAACCAAAGGCCAGGAAAGUUUCUGCCAAGAGAGAGAGUUCUAGAGGAUCGAUCUCUCCAGCAGCCGAGAUUGCUAGAUCCGCGUAUGAGGACGUGAAGCAUAACCUCUCGAAGUCUACGCCAACAAAAGAGGAAAAGCCACCUUCCCCUAAGGUAAAAAAGCAGUCUCCUCCAGUCAAGCAAGAAGUGUCUGCACCUGUUCUCGCCCCUAUCCCUGAUAGUACUACGGAUGUGUCUCGUGAUGACACUACUGGGUCGGUGGACGAUAAAUGGGGCAGCUCAAUCAAGGAAGACUUUGUUGAUGAUGCCAACAACUUUGAUGCAGCACUUUCAAAAUUGAAAGGCCAAGAAGACAAUUCUUUGACAACCAAGGGUAGAAAAGACGAAGAACUCGCCAAACUACUAGGUGUGGAUGUACAUGGAGUGAAGCCAAAGCCAAGGGGCAGAAGAAGUAUCACGCCUCGCAGGCCAAUUGUCAUUCCAGAAAGACGUUUGGCCUCUAACAAUGGCUCGCUACUCGAGGAUCUUGAAAAGGAUGUUCUCCCUAUCGAGCCUUUGUCUACGAAAAAGGACGAAUGGCCCUCUUCUGUCAGUGAUGAAGAAGCUGAUACAGAUAUUGAAGAUCAGGAAGAACAAGAAGAAGAGGCCCCCAAACGUACCCUUGCUUCAAGGGCCAAGGGCAAGAAGCCAAGGCCUCAGAAGGUGGCUACUACUUUGCUGUUUAUUGGUCUUUGGGUUGUCCUCAUUGGUCUCGCUAUGUUCGGUUACUGGUACAGGGAACAGACUAUCCUCAUUGGCUACUGUGGAAAUGAAAUUGACAAGCCAACGAUUCCUACCCUGCCAGAUACACCUGUCUUGCUUUCGAAGUUAGGCGAUUAUCUUGAUGACAAUUUCAAGCCCACAUGUGUGCCAUGUCCGCAACAUGCUAGAUGCUUCCCAAACUUGAAGCUCGCAUGUUAUGAAGACUUUGUGGAAUACAAACCAUGGUACUACCAAUAUUGGCCAGUGUUCGAUCCAAGAGCCAAGAAAUGCAUUCCUGAUACCAAAAAGGCCGAGAAAGUUGAACUCAUGAUCAACGAGGCUCUUGACUUGUUGAGGGCUCGAAACGCCAACAUUCAAUGCGGUCUGACUGGUGUCGACAAUUUCGAAGCCGGAAUUGAGGUGAACGAGUUGCAUGACUUAUUGCUCGCCCUCAAGGCACCUUACAUUACAGAGGAGGAGUUUGAAGAUUUGUGGAAACGUUCGGUUGUGGAGUUGGAGAAGGAACCGGAAAUAACGGUAAGGCAAGUUGCUAAUUUUUCUACGGACCCAGAGUGGUCUCGUACUGUCAAACGAUCUGCUCAUAACAUUCGUCCCCCAAGUGACGAUUCUGACACUGUUGGCGAGACGCCGGAGCAGGACACGAUUUUUCGAUCAACGUCCUUAUCGCACAUCUCCUUGAUGUGUCACUUAUCCAACCAUAUGGUUGAAUGGUUAGUGGCUCACAUACCUCACUUGGUGGGUAUAGCUGUCAUUGUUAUUGGCAGUUUCGUUGCUCACAACAAUUAUCGCCAGUCAAGACUUCAAGCACACCGCGUGGAAACUAUCUACAAUGAAGUGCUCAGGAAGCUUAAAAAACAAGCUAAAGAUGCUCGCGAUUCCAAUGUUCCUCCUUAUGUGGGUUCUAUACAACUCCGAGACUUGAUUCUCAGUAAUGAGGAAAACUUGGCUCGCAAAAUGAGGCUUUGGGAGUCGGUAAGCCGUCGGGUGGACCGUAACACCAAUGUUAAAGCAACUUUGCUUGAAAUUCAUGGGGAUGUGAUGAAGGUUUGGCAAUGGAUUUCACACCUAGAGUGA